AAAGCCUCCAUCCUCCAAGCCCGCAAGCUCAAAUCCUUUGCAGCCUACUCCCAAUCCUCACCAUUCCCGUCAUUCCCCCAUCCCACACCGCAAGAAUGCUCCCUCGCUCAUCGCAUCCUCGCCUCCAUCCACGGCGAGCGUCGUCGUCCUGACAAAAUCAUUGCGCCAAACAGCGUUGCCGGCUGCGGAGAUUCCCCAUCCGUGCUCGACGCGCUGGUGCGCACGAUUCUAUCGCAAAACACCAGCAACAAGAACAGCACGCGGGCAAAGCUCUCCAUGGACAAGACAUACGGCCGGAGCGAUAACUGGGACGCCAUCGUCCAGGGCGGCACCGACAAGCUGCAGCAAACAAUAAAGUCUGGCGGCCUCAGCGUCGUCAAAAGCAAAGUCAUCAUGAAUAUCCUGCGCCAGACAAAGGACCAGUACGGGACUUACUCUCUUAAUCACCUUCUCAACGCUUCCAACGACGAGGCCAUGCGGGAGCUUCUCUCUUUUCAAGGCGUAGGGCCCAAGACGGCGAGCUGUGUCUUGCUGUUUUGUCUACAGCGGGAUAGCUUCGCGGUUGAUACGCAUGUUUACCGCAUUUCAGGCCUAUUAGGAUGGCGGCCAGGAGAGGCGAAUAGGGAGGAGGCACAGGCACAUUUGGAAGCAACAGUUCCGGAUGAGGACAAGUAUGGACUGCAUGUGUUGAUGGUGACGCAUGGGAGAACUUGUGAUGAGUGCAAGGCUGGAGGGAAGAUUGCAGGGAAGUGUGCUCUACGGAAGGCGUUUGUGAAGGGGAAGAAGAAAGCAGAUGAUGAAGAU